AGCGCGGUCGGCUCUCAGAUGCGGCAACAUGAGGCGAGGAGCACACGGGCAAGCGGCGACCGUCCUCCCAUCCCCAGGCGACCUCUCCUGGCCACGGGGAGCCUGAUGGGCGUUGUUGUCGUCCUCGACGCUCGGAUCUAACCCGCGAAAUGAAGCGAAUGAACGUGAGCGCCAAGAAGUGUCCUGUUCCCUUGUCCUCCAUGGAUGCGGAGCCUCGCCGCUCUUUUCUAGAGUUGAGCCAACAACUUUGCGUCUGAUUUUCGCCUCUUUUGGAAGCAAACCUCGCCGGAUUGGGCAACUCUGGGGAAAGUGGCGACUUUCCACCUGCUCCCGGCGGAAUAACCCAGUCUUAGCGGUUAUUCGGCUUCACAAAGGUCCUUUUCCCGGGUGGGAACACGGCUGAUGCUUGUAUCCUCUGUGUCGUCUGUCCACGCUGGAAGUCCCCCGCCAUGUGGCCGUCGGGAGUGGGUAGCCGGCAGCCUUGCCCGCGGGAGUCGGCGCUCCGUAGGGCGGCCAUCAGCGGCAACAUCCCGGCCCUGCCGCCGCACCACGUCCCCGGUGGUCGCAGCGUCCGCGUCUUCAUCUGUGCCAACCCCGACGAUACAGAGGCAGAGAGGAAUGCGCUGAAGGAGCAUGUCUACCCCAAACUACGGGACUUCUGCAGGGAAAACUACGGCAUUGAAUUCCAGGUGGUGGACCUCUACUGGGGCGUGGACCCAGAGGAGUGGGACGGUCCAGAGCUGCAGCGGCUCCGGAUGAAGCUUCUGGAGGAAUGUCUGAAAACGUCAGCGGGACCGUGCUUCGUUGGUUUGGUAGGGGAGAAGUAUGGCAGCAUCCGAGUGCCUGGUGAGGUGGAAUCAGCUGAGUUUGAGAUGAUCUUGGAUGCAGCGGUGGAGGCUGGGCUGGACACACACAUCUUGGACGAGUGGUACUGCAGGGAUGAAAACUCUGUGCCACCCGCAUACUACCUCAAACCUAAAGCCCAAAUGCUCAAGAAUUACCAGAACUCUAUGGAGUCUAACGGGGCAGCCAAGACCAAGAAUGACAAGGCCUGGAGGAAAGUGUCUGAGGAGAUCAAGCGGAUUUUCCGUACGGCAGUGCUGCAGCUUCAAGAGAAGGGGACAAUGCAGGGCACUGAGGCUAAGAAAUUCCUUUGCUCUGCGUUGGAGGAUGAAUUAGACUUUGCCCUUGGGAAACAAACUCCUGCCUUUCUCAGGAAAUGUGUUUGCUACAUACGCAAAAUCUCAAACUUUGACCGUUUCGCCAAACUCCCGGAGAUGUCCCGCUACAUGGACAUUGUGGUGAGCGGUGACCGCAUCAUGCGCAACCAGGAAGCCUACGAGCGCCUGUUGAAGGUGCGGGAUGAGUUUAUACCAACAGUGGUGGCGGCGUCCAACCUUCGUGUUUACUCCUCUGUCACACAUUGCGACAUGAAACUAGGCUACUCCCAGGAAGUGGAGAGUCAUUAUGUUGAGGGUCUGUGCAAACAGUUCUACGAGGACAUGGUGGAUAUCAUUCAGGCCACAGUCCAGCAGAACUUUGACACAGAGACUGACCCUCUGUACGAUGAGAUCCUGCAACAUUUGUCCCUUUGCAAAGCCUACGCAGCAUUGUAUGAAUAUAAAACUGAGUUCUUAGAUUACCUGCAGGAGUACAUUUUACCAUCUAAGGGGAGUAGGAUGAGUCCGCUUGUGGUGCACGGAGGACCCUGCACAGGAAAAACUUUGCUGCUUUCGGAAGUUGCCAAACAGGCCUACAUGUGGUUGCAGAAAGAGAUGGGCCCUGAAACUGACCCAGUGGUCAUUGUCCGUUUCAUCGGCUCAAGUCAGCCCUCUACAGACUUGCGCACCCUCCUCCAGAGCAUUUGUGAACAGAUUGCAAUAAAUUAUCGCUGCUUGAUUCACUUUUUGCCUAACAAGAUCCAAGAGAUGAGGGAGCUCCUGAUCAACCUUCUUGGGGAAUCCUCCUUCCACAGGCCUUUGGUCAUCGUACUGGAUGCCUUGGAGCAGCUGUCAGAUGCCGACGAAGCCCGGAAGCUCUGGUGGCUCCCCAUACACCUCCCUCGGACAGUCCGCAUUAUCAUCUCAACAUUGCCCAAUAAACAUGGCAUUCUGCAGAAGCUUCGACAUAGCAUCCAUGAUGAGGACUAUUAUGUAGAAUUAACCCAGAGAGACCGCAAGGUUUGCAGCCAGACGUUAAAGCAACAGUUACUUGGUGUGAAGAGAAAGGUCACCUCAGGCCAGCAGAUCUAUGUCAACGAGGCUCUUGCCAAGUGUACGUUGCCAAUGUUUGUCAAUUUAAUCUACAGAGAGGUUGUCCAUUGGAAGUCCCACAAAGAUGUUGAUGAAAAGUCUCUGUGCUCCACUGUUCAUGAAAGCAUAGAACAGCUGUUCUAUUCUGUAGAGAAUAAGCUAGGCCAAAGAUUUGUCUUUAGAGCAUUAGGAUAUAUCACCAUGGCUAAAGCAGGUUUAACUGAAGUUGAGUUAGAGGAUAUAUUAUCCCUGGAUAACAUAGUUCUCGGUGAUGUUAUAGUUGCAUCUUACCUCAAAAAUCCCUUGAGGAUCUCUUGUGACUUGGUAGCGAGGCUCAAAGAGGAGCUGGAAGGUUAUCUAGUGGAACGUCAGGUACACAAUGUCACCCUGAUGGUCUGGGCUAACAGACAUCUUCAUCUCAUUGCCCAGAAACUGUAUCUAAGCAACGAGGAGGAUGUCCAUCAAAUGCACAGCCUACUAGCGGAGUAUUUUCUGGGGGCAUGGUCAGGGGGUAGAAAGAAGAUUUUUACAUAUGACAACAAUCAUUUCACUUCCCAAAAUAUAUCACACCACAAAAACCCCCACCAUCAACAAUCCCAUGAGAAAACAUCAUCUGACAAGUACUCUUAUGACAGGCAAACACCUGAGCAACCUUGGGUCUUUCAGUGCAACCUACUGGAGCCUGACAUUUUUUUUGUCAACCACAGGAAGAUGACAGAGUUGGUGUUCCACCUCACCAGAAGUGGACGCACUGAUGAUCUCAUGUUUGGCGUCAUUAUGAACUUUAGCUGGCUCUACACAAUGAUCAAGAUUGGCCAAUUUGAUAAGGCCUUGAAUGAUAUUGACUUGGCAUAUAGUUACACCCAAGAAAAAGAACUGAAGUUUCUGUCCACCACUCUCAGCAGCAUCAAGGUAAAAGUCUUGAAAAACCCAGCAUCCCUCUCGGCAGAACUGCAGCAAAGGCUUUUGCCAGUUGUCACCUCCUUGCCCAAACUUCGACACCUCCUUCUGGAGUGCGACAAGGAUGGUCCCAAGUACUGCUCAAUUGUGCCUCUGCACUCCUCGAUGGAUGUCACGUACAGUCCGGAAAGACUUCCUUUAUGCUCAAGUUACAUGCAGAUAGUGGAGAUCCUGCCCACCCUAGCGCCAAACAUUGUUCUUGUAGCGCUUGAAGAUGGGUCUGUCAGCACGUGGGAUGUCGAGAGCAGACAACUGCUACGACAGAUCGACACAGCCAAAUCUGUUGUGCUGGGAAUCAGACUAACCAGUGAUGAAAAAUAUCUUGUUGUGGCUACCACUAAAAACACACUUCUAAUCUAUGAUAAUCAUAAAUCCUGCCUUUUAUCAGAGGUUGAAAUCAAGGGGUCUAAACACGGUGGCAUCACUGGUGGAGUGGCCUUCAUCAAUGGCUUCACUUUGUCCACUCACCAUGCUUUAGCUUGGCUUGAGGCCAGUAAAGACGUCAACGUCAUCGACUUACUUUACGGCUGGCCUCUCUAUCAGUUUCAUUGCUGGUACGAGGUGACUUGUGUCCAGUGCUCUCCGGAUGGAAUGUAUGCCUUCUGUGGUCAGUACCUCAACACUGCAUCCAUCUUUCAUCUAGGAAAUGGGGACAAGUUGGCCACUGUUACAUCUGAGUUUUCUGGAGGUUUUGUCAAGUCAAUCCUUGUUCUGGACACUCUCAACCAAAUGGUGAUGAUUGACAAUGAGGGUAGUCUCUCAGUAUGGAACACUAAAGAAAUCACCAACCCACGAUUGAUGGAGGAUUAUGACUGCAGAGGAGAUGAUAGUGAAGUGCUGAGCAUUGAGCUGUCUGACGACCAGCGCUCAAUUCUCUUAUGCAAGGCCAGAAGUAUUGAGGUUCUAGACACAAAAGUGUGGAAAAUGGUGGAGAAGUUUAAAGCCAAACGUAGCGAACGCUUUGUCGCUGCAGUUCUCUCCAAAAACGGACAAAGCAUUGUGGCCUCAAUGGAGAACACCUCUUCCAUCUUCGUGUGGAGAAGGGACAGCGGGCAAUGCAUGGCCAGUCUGAUUGAGAUAUCAGGGGCCAUUGUCAAACUCAUCAAAUCAGUUCACCACAAUCUGCUCCUUUCUGUUGCAAGCAGUGGAGUGCUGUCGGUCUGGGACAUUGAUAUCAUCACAGCAAUGUCUAAUAUUGACAAAACAGGAAAGAAGAUCCAAACAUUGCAGUUGUCUGGCAGAGAGGAUUAUGUAUUUACAAUGGAUGGCUCAGAAGCAGUCCACAAGUGGAAUUUUGGCACUGGAUUUAUAGAGACUGUCUUCAAGCAUGAGGGCAUAGUGGAGAAUUGUGUGCUAACCUCCUCAGGUGAUCUAAUGGUAACUUCAGAUGAUAAGUGCAGUCAGUACAUUUGGCAAACCAACUCUGGGGAGAACAUUUUUCGUAUCAACGGACAGAGAAUAUCCCAGUUGCUAAUCACCCACAACGACCAGUUUGUUGUUUCCCUUUGUGAGCAAAAUGCCUCAAGGGUUUGGAGACUUGCCACCGGACACAAGGUGUGCAACAUCUUGGUCACCCUCCAGAACGCAUUGAUCACUACAGCCAACACAUUUCUUGUUGGAACCUCCAAAAACAAGCUCCUUGCUGUCAGCUUGUGGUCAGGCAGCGUAUCCAAAAAAUUUGUUUGUGAUGAUGGCAUCACUAUCGUCAGUUUCAAACUUAUCCCAGACUGCCCUGACUGCGUCGUGUUCAUCACAUCCACGGAGACCGUUUUCAUCUGGAGCGUGGCGGACGAGGCCGUUUGCAGGCGUGUCCAGUUGCCGGCCAACUUUCUCAAAAAUCUCGAGGAUUUCCAGAUCUCACCCAAUGGUAAACAAGGUAUUGUGUCCAAAGGUGACGAGAAUAUUAAUGUGCUGGACCUGCACAGCGGGAAACUUAGGCUUGUUCAUGCUGCCGGCAUUAUCUGGCGUCAGAAAUUAUCACGAGACGGCCGCUAUCUCGUAUAUGUCUGCUUUCGCAACUGUGAUGAGGACGACGAAGCCGGCGUUGUUUCCAAUUUGAUUGUGAUGCGCCUUGCUGACGGUAAAAGCAUUGGCACAUGCUCUUUAUAUAAGACGCCCACUUUCCUUUCGCUCUCUCAAAGAGCUUUGAACAUCAUCAUUGGCUUUGAGGAUGGCAGCAUUGGCACAUACACUGUGGUGGACCGUGUCGAUGCUGCGCUCAAGAUCAAAAUAGCCACCUCCAACAGCCGGCAGAUAGUCAACAAUGCUUCACAGAAAGUGCGGCCCAAAUGUGGCAAUCAUUCCUUUAAGAGUGUCGCGGACUGCAUUUGGAGGGAAUCAACAGAAGUCUUCUCCAGGGACAGCCCAAUCAAUGUGUCUGACUCCGGUGAAGGUGAGUCUACUACACCAACGAAAAAGGCAGAGUUGCUGCAGUGAGCGGGUGGGAAUUAAAAAAAAAAAAAUGGAACGGCGGAGCGAUGCCGGGAAUUUCAGAAUCUAGGAGAGGGGGAUGCUAUGGUGGACUCUUUGUUUACAGCCACGUGAUUCAGCUGCAAAUUUCAGGCGUUUGUCAAAACUAUUUGAACGCUACACUCAACAGAUAUAUUAUCUAGCUGUCACGCUGUUUUGGUUGGUUUUACAUUCAGAUGGUUGGGGAAAAUAACACAUGAAGGAAAACAAAUUCUACGUGAUAUGAGUUUGCCGUUAAUGUGUCCUUUUUGCAUUUGAAGAACUAACGUAACUUUCAAAUGUAUCAGUGACUGAACAUUGUCCAAGCCAUUCCAGUCACCUUUGCCACUUUCAUUGUACAAUAUGUCAAUUUACAUCGUAGGCUAUAGGGUUACAUCAUUUAGUAUGUACAAAAAAUACUGUAUGUGCAUAGCUCUUUUUGGCUGCUGCAAUUUGUGCAACUCCUUAAAAUGUUAUUGUGCUUAAUGCAAUCAAAGUGAGUGCCUGGAAUUUCUAAAUGUCCUUUAUGUGCAGACCACAAGAUUUAUGAAAAAGCAGGGAAUUUGUAAACACAGAUACAUGCACACACACAUACACACACACAGUCAAAAAACAAGGAGUGACAGGUUGCUCCUUGUGACAACAGUUGUUUUGCCUGCAGUUCCAUCAUCGUGUGAGCUGUAUGUGUGAAAAGGGGGACACCACUAAGGAGCAAACAGUGUAGCAGAGCACCAUGCACAGGCACGCCUUAAUCAGUGUACUUGCUUUAGGUCUAGUGGAGUUAGUGUUCACAAGUCGAUAAGACAACAGAACAAUGUUGUAAGUCCAUUUGGCCCUGUGAAUAUAAGGUAUAUUUAGAGGUUUAGACACUAGGUGGAAGCACUUUAUUGGUGGUUUGUGAGCAAUUACUCGAUUUAUUCCUGUACGGAGUAUGAUGUUAGUUGUUUUAGCUGAUCUGGAGUUGUCUUAACACAGUUUUCAAACAGGAUUUGCCUACGGUAACACAAGAGGACGUCCAGGUACUUUGUCCUGCCUUUAUUAUUAGAAAAGGAUAUGUUCACAAGAUUUGUGGACAAAUAAUACAUUUAUUGUAAACUGUACUUUUAACUGUACCUUUGACAAAAAUGCCUUUGUUAUGCAGUUUGACAUACAGUACAUCUUGGUCAGGAGUGUCCAAAGUUAUUUUUCGUUUUUUUAUUGACCGUCGGCAAGUUAAAUGAAAUAUAUUAAUAAAGAUGACAGAAAGCUAAUAUAUGCUAGCAUUAUCCUGCUCAGUGACUUUGUGGUUAAGCCCAUAGACUGGAAGGUCGUGAGUUCAAAGUGAGUCAUACCAAAGACUCUAAAAAUGGGACCCAUUGCCUCCCUGCUUGGCGCUCGGCAUCAAGGGUUGGAAUUGGGGGUUAAAUCACCAAAAUGAUUCCCUAGCGCGGCCACCGCUGCUGCUCACAGCUCCCAUCACCUCACAGGGGGUGGAUAUGGAGAUGGGUCAAAGGCAGAAGAUAAUUUCACCACCCCUAGGGUGUGUUUGACUAUCAUCAGGACUUUAACUUUUAUCAAAUGGAUUGAUUUAUUGGUUGUAGUGUCUUUAAUGAACAUGUAUCAAAGUGGUCCUUGGUGGAAACAUUUUGGAAACCCCUGAUCUUGGCGGUUAAAGAGAGCCCACCUAACUCAACAUUGUUAGGAUCAGGUCCAGCUGGGAUUAAGUACUGCAACGUCGACCUGAGACUAAGCCACACACACCUUCCUCUCAAAGGGCUAAUCCACCUUCUAUGUUGACUCAGUUUUUAAGAUGAUGGCCCUUGGUUCCUUUCAAACAAGGUAGCAGCAUCAACUUUAAAAUAUUCCCUGGAUUCUCUCAAUAAAGUUUACGAUAUCAUGUAAUUGCCAAAGUCCCCAUCUAAGUUGUGUUUAUUUUGGUUAAUGAGGCUUGUGGUGCAACGGUAUCGUUACGAAAUGGUUUCAAUGUUGAUCUGUAUUUUUUGUUCAUGAUAGACAAAAUGUGUUAUUGUUUUAAAAAAAAAACAAGAGAAAAAAAAAGAAGAGUCCUCUGCUAAUAUAUUGGAAUGCCAAUUUUUAAGCGUUAUUUGAAUGUGGCCACGUGGAAGCCAGUAAGCGGUAUUAUUUGUACGUUAAGGUAACCUGAAUGACUUUUAACAACUUCUCUGUUUGCAACUCCUUGUUGACAAUAUGGUGAUGAAUGUUUAUAAUGGUAUUCUUUGUACUGAUUACCUGUUUAGAGAUUUAUAUUUUCAUAAAUGUUGUACUUAUACUUUGUUACAGAGUUGUUUUACUGGGACUCAAGCGGGAAAAGAAGCUUUCGUUUGAAGCAAUAUGAAACUAGUGUGUAUGCAUUGUUUGUAUGGAACAUUUUAAUGUAAUAAAAUGGUUCACUUUUUUUUUU